AUCACAUGCUAUUUGUUUUUGAAACAUAAAAUACUUUUACCUUGGCUCAGACACAUAAGAAAAUUGCGUCGAUGCUUCGGUAUGGUCCGUUUCUACACAACUUUGAUCUGUAUCAAAUUUACCUUGAGAUAGGAGUGUUUUAAGGUUCCAGAUGAAAAUAGGAAUAAAUAGUGUCUCAGUUUGCAUUAACUGCAGUAGUUCCUGUCCCGCGGAGCUCAUUUUCUUUUCAUCGUUAGUGUAGGAUAGUAAUUUUCCUAACUACUCUUGUCAAAAGUAGACAAUGCGGCUGACAGCAAUAUGUGUUUACCUUCUCGGCAUUUUAAGAUUCUCUGAUGGAGAGUUCCGUUUUGCCUCCUAUUAUGGGGAUCACAUGGUUUUGCAGAAGGCCCCAGAGAGAGCUGUGUUGUGGGGCUUUGGGCCGGAUGAUGCUAAGGUCACAAUCUAUUUAUCAGGACAGGCUGCAGCACCUGCUGUCAGUGUGUUCGCUGGGAUAUGGAGGGUGACCCUUGUUCCAGUACAAGCUGGUGGCCCUUACAAUGUCACUGCAGUCUUCCAGAACCAGAGUAUCACUCUCACAGAUGUGCUCUUUGGUGAUGUCUGGCUGUGUGGGGGACAAAGCAACAUGGCUUUUACUACUUCUCAGGUAUUCAAUGCGUCAGAGGAGAUGGCUCUGGCCUCCGAGUUCCCUCAUGUGCGGAUUUUUAUGGCUUCCUUAGAACAGAGCCACACUGAGUUGAUUGACCUGGCUGGUCUAGAGGUGCCCUGGUCUGUCCCUACUGGAGAGCUGUUGGGCGGUGGGGAUUUUAAGCACUACUCUGCAGUGUGCUGGAUGUUUGGGCGCCUCCUGUACAAGACACUGAGGUACCCCAUCGGCCUAGUGGAGUCCUGCUGGGGUGGCACCCCUGUAGAGGCAUGGUCCUCACCACGAGCACUCCGAAACUGUGGCCUGGACAGGACUAACAAGUUACCUAUGUCAUCUAUAACUUCAAUGAUUUCAGCUGGGUGGACUAACUCAGUGUUGUGGAAUGCCAUGAUCUAUCCGCUUCUAAACAUGACCCUCAAAGGAGCCAUCUGGUACCAAGGUGAAUCAAAUACAGAGUACAAUCAGAAAAAGUACUCCUGUACCUUUCCCUCCAUGAUUGAUGACUGGAGGAUGGCUUUCCACCAGAGCUCAGGUGGGCAGACGGCAGUGGAUUUCCCCUUUGGAUUUGUGCAGCUCUCUACGUAUAUUAAGUCAUCUGUAUAUGAUGGAUUUCCAAAUGUGCGCUGGCACCAGACUGCAGACUAUGGCUUUGCACCCAACUUGCGUAUGAAGAACACUUUCAUGGCUGUCGCUAUGGACUUAGGAGAUGAAAUGUCUCCUUACGGCAGUAUCCAUCCCCGGGACAAGCAGGAUGUGGCCUACAGACUAUCUCUAGGGGCAAGAGCUGUGGCUUAUGGGGAGAAGAGCCUCGCAUUCCAGGGACCUUUCCCUAAUUCGGUCCUGGUCAAUGACAACCAUAUCAACGUGACUUAUGACCAGAGAGUCUCUGUGACUCAAUCCCAAGAUAUAUUUGAGAUCUUCUGCCUAAUGGUUAAGGCUCCCGGUGACUCCUUGUCCUCAUGGGUCCCAGCUCCUAUAUUGCAGUGGGGACUGAGCUCUGUUCUAGUGUCAACUACCAAGUGCAGCUCUAGAGACAAUGUAGCCGGCCUGCGCUAUGCAUGGAGGGACUGGCCAUGUGACUUGAAGGCAUGUCCUGUUUACAGUGCUGAUGGAGUUCUACCUGCACCCCCUUUCACUCAACCACUGGCAAGACACUGAGAAUUAGAGAACUUGAUCUCCUAAGAAUGCAAUGCACUACUGAAAUUAGGUGUGGUGGUCACUGGUCUACAAGAUGCACUAGCGCCAAGAGGGGAAAUUAAAUGUCUCCUCUUGAGUCAUCACUGACAUAGUGGGUCUUUAAGGGUGUGCCUCUUUGAAUCCUUUAAUUAUUUUUAUGAAUUACAUUUCCCAUUUUGGGCUUGGGGUAUAAUAUGUUGUUUAUAUGUGCCAAAACUUGAAGCAGAAUCCCUAUGAAAUUCCACAUUUGAAUGUGGGUGGUUUUGAUGACAUGGAGCAAAUAUGAGCACAUGAACAUUUUCAGGGGCCUGUUUUGGCUCCACAGUGCCACUUUUACAACCAGUGGCCAAAAAUCAUUCCAGAAUGUAAAAAUAAGUAUCUACAAAAAAAACAACCUGUCUUGUUUACAAUUGCCCUGAAGAUGAAUACAGUUCUAUAUAAUCAGUUUACUUGUAAUGGAGUGGGAAAUGUUUUUGAAUGAUAUAAAUAAAGACUACCAAACAGGUUAUUAA